AUGUUGCUGUUUUUGUUGCAAUCAAUAAUCAGUUUGGCUACUACUGGGAGAGGAGUACUGAACCACUGCAGAGAGAAGGAGAGGAAAGCUUUACUCCUCUUCAAACAGGGCAUCCACAGUGACUCUGGUUUGUUAUCCACAUGGACCAACCAAGAAGAUGAAGAUUGUUGCAACUGGAAAGGAGUUUAUUGCAGCAAGGAAACUGGUCAUGUUCAAAUCCUUGAUCUUCAUGGUAGCUUUUAUUCAUCGUCAGUUUAUUUGAAAGGUAAAAUCAAUAUUACUUCAUUGAUUGAGUUACAUGAUCUUCAACAUUUGGAUCUCAGUUACAAUGAUUUUUAUCUAAGUGACAUCCUUGAGUCCAUAGAGUCAUUCACCAACUUAAAGUAUCUCAACCUCUCUUAUUCUUCUUUUGUUGGGAGUAUUCCCUAUCAAUUGGGAAAGCUUUCACAUUUACUGUCUCUUGAUCUAAGCUACAAUAAUUUGGAUAGAGCUAUCCCUUGGCAAAUUGGAAACCUUUCAAAGUUGCAGUAUCUCAAUCUUGAACAAAACUAUCUUGUUGGAGCAAUUCCUUCUCAGCUUGGGAAUCUCACCAAGUUGCACACUCUGAAGCUUGGCAGUUCCUAUGAUGAUCUCACCGCAAUAGCCGAUGGGAAUAAUCUGAAUACAGAGUGCCUUUCAUCAAAUGAUUUUGCUUUUACAUCUUUCAUUAAUCCCAAUCUUACUUUUCUUCUCCAUCUUGAUCUAUCUUUCAAUCAUUUGACAUCAUCAACCAUAUUCUAUUGGCUUUCCAACUUCACCUUCAAUCUUCAUGUAUUGUACCUUGAUGAUAACUUGCUUAGAGGUUCCAUUCCAAAUAGUUUUGGAAACAUAAUAAGCUCUCUUGAAGUUCUUGAUCUCAGCAAUAAUAAGCUCCGAGGUGAAAUCCCAACAUCAUUAGGGAAUAUAUGUACAUUAGAGUACCUAGAACUUUCCUACAAUAACUUGAGUGGGGGUUUUUCAAAUUUCACUUCUAAUGCUUCAUGGUGCAAUGGACACUCAUUACAACAAUUGUUGUUAUCAAGAAAUCAAUUAACAAGCAUGUCACCCAAUCUUUCGGUUUUCUCCUCCUUGCAAUAUUUGGAUUUGUCUGAUAACAACCUGAAGGGAAAAAUAGUUGAAUCUCAUUUUAAAAAUCUCUCCAAUUUGAUGUCUUUGUCAUUGUCUAGAAAUUCAUUGACCCUGGAAAUUAGCAGUAGCUGGGCGCCUCCAUUUCAAUUAAGAAGCUUGGACAUGGCUUCUUGUGUGAAUGGUUUUGGCCAAAAUUGGACAAUGUAG